CUUGCUGGAGCGAUGAUGCUGAUAUCUCUUAGUAGAGUCUUGUCGCUUCACAGCAGCUGGUGGUCUGUUGUCAUUUUUCUGUGGCUAGCUUUCAGUGCUAGCUAGCCGCUUGAUUUUCUCUCCAACAUACUUAGAUCCAGCAGGAUGUUAGGAUGGAUUGUGGCCCAGUUCUGCCGGACAGCCUGGUGUUAGAAAUCUUCCUGCGUCUGCCCCAUGAUGCCGUGUUGAGAGCGAGUCUGACCUGCAGACAGUGGCUGGCUGUCUCCAGAGAUGAGUUCCUUUGGAGGGAGCUGUUCUACAGCUACUACCGCAUACCACGCUCUGUUCCCCGACACCCAGCGGCAGUGUCAUGGUACAGGGAGUUCAGGCGUCUGUUUGACUGCAUCCCCUGUGUGGAGGUUCAGACGCUGAGAGAGCACAGUGACCAAGUCCUCCACCUGGCUUUCUCUCACAGGGGCCACCGGUUCUCCUCCUGCUCCAAAGACUGCACUGUGAAGCUAUGGGACACGGAGCGGCUAGAUGGUCAUAUCUCGCUGGUGCACAGCUCCAGCAUGCGGCAGUUUAACUGGGGCUACACCCAGUUCUCCCAGUUCAACGCUGACGACACCCUGCUGCUCGUGUCUGGUGUCUACCUGGGCCCACACCACUCCUCGUCUGGGGAAAUCGCUGUCAUCAGUCUGGAAAAUUACACGCUGUUGUCGCGCGUGAGGAACAAGCCGUACGAUGUGUUUGGCUGCUGGUUGAACGAGACCCACCUGAUCUCUGGGAACCUGCACUGGAUAGGGAACAUGACGUCCUGCUCUGUGCUCUGGCUCAAUAAAGCCUUCCAGGAUGUUGAAUCGGAAAACGUCAACGUGGUCAAGCGCCUUUUCAAGAUCCAGAACAUCAAUGCCAGCACCAUACGCACAGUGAUGGUGGCCCACUGCCGUCGUCAUGACAACCCGGACUUGCUGCUGGACUACGAGGCUCAGUCUCAGGCUCGAAGGCAGAAAGGGCAGCAGCAGCAGCAGCACCAGCCCCUGCUCUUUGACCUGGGAACCUCCGGCAGUGAUGAAGAAGAUGAGGAGUUAGAGGACGAGGAGUGCCAGAGGGAAGCCAGGUGUCACGGCCUCCCCAGUGCCCGCCAUUCUCAGCCCACCAUGUCGGGCCUGGAGCACGUUAUACAGAGUCGUAAAAAUGUAGGGCCCAGGGAGCUGGCAAUUGAGACCCGGGUGGCUCAGAUGAUGGGCAGAGCCCACACUAAGGCCCCUGACUCCAGCUUGAUUGAGCCCUCUGAUCCCGAGGAGGUAGAGGACAAAACGUAUUUACUCUUUACUACUGGCAGCCUUACAUACUCCCCUCACCAGAUAGGUAUAAAGCGGAUCAAGCCGGACCAGAUGACCACUUGUGGUCCUGUACUCGGAGAAGAGCGAAGCUCAGAUGAAUUUUUUGAUUCCCUGGACCAUGUCAUUGAUAUCCAUGGACACAUCAUUGGUAUGGGCCUUUCUCCAGACCACAGGUACCUUUAUGUGAAUAGCCGGGCUUGGCCAUCCGGGUGUGUGAUCUCCGACCCAAUGUCUCCUCCUCCUAUUGCAGAGGAGAUAGACCUGCAUGUGAUCGAUCUGAAGAGCCUGAGGGAGGAGAGAAGGAGCCUGCGUGCUCACAGAGCCUUCACGCCUAACGACGAGUGCUUCUUUAUCUUCCUUGAUGUCAGCAGGGACUUUGUUGCCAGUCGAGAGGACAGGGAAAGUGUAGCUCUCAGCCACGGCGGAGAGAUCUUCAAUCCAUUUCAGUUUUAUUUAUUUAGCGCCAGAAGAUUUGCUGUGUCUUUGUCAUUAUUGGAUGGUAAAGGGAAUAAUGGAGCAGAGGACAAGCACGGCUACAUCUGGGACCGACACUACAACAUCUGUCUGGCACGUCUGGCACACGACGAUGUGGUGAACUCGGUGGCAUUCAGCCCCGCUGACCAGGAGCUACUGCUGUCUGCUAGCGAUGACUCUACCAUUAAGGUGUGGCGCUCACCUCACAUGAUCCGCCUGGCGCAGUCCCCCGCCCGGCCACCGAGGCCCCGCAGCCUGCUGCCGUCCUGGCUGAGCCGCAACAAGAACUCUUCCAGCAGAGUCAAUGGAAAACCAUGAGUCAGGUUGGGAAACACUUGGGAGGGAGCAAGGGGAGGAAAGUUUGAUCUGUUUCCUCUGUGGUGUGUGUGUGUGUGUGUGUGUGUGUGUGUAUUUAUGUGUGUGUAUAUAUGUAUAUGUAUAUGUAUAUGUAUAUGUAUAUAUAUAUACAUAAAUACAUUUACACACUACACUCCAUCUAUAUGUACAGUGUGGUUACAUUCAGUGGUUUUGCUUGAGCUCACGGUGUUGUGAUACACAGACGUGUUCAGUGUCUUCAGCUUACUGGAGACGUGAUGUGACAGACUCAGGUUUAGACACAAGAGAGCGCCGUUGCUCCAGCAAAGGACAGAAAUCACCACAGCCUCUGUUGUGCUAUUCACAAGAGUGACAUGAAAUGUUAUCACAGAUAAAGAUAGUGUAGAGCUAAUCCGUUAAUGCACAAGACAGACAUCCAAACAUGUUCCCUAAGAGAUGGUUUCUGUCUGUUUAUAUCUGUAAUGUUGCGUCUUAACAGGCCAGACACUGGACUCCUGGAUCUGAGGUGUAAAUGUAUUUAAAUGUACUGCAGAGACGGCACCUUAAGAUCGCUGUUGUCAUGUCCUGCUCAUCAAAGUGCUGUAACUGAGUCAUUUCAGAGAUGUCUUUUCUUACUUAUAUAUAUCCAAUUGAUGUCUUGAGUAUAAACACAUCCAUACACCUUGUUUUCAGAGAAUUACAAAAACCCACUACAUUGGUACAUUGUGCAACUACAUUGAUACCCAAAAGGGAAGACAGCAUUUAGCUAUAUUUACUGCAGUCUGCCUUGGUUUUUAAAUACAUCCCAUCCCAUUGUUUUUGUGCCCCAGAAAUGAUUCUUCACUAUCCUAUUCAACAUAGAAUUAUUGAGUAAUUUAAUCUAGAAAGUUGUUGAGGGACAGUUGGUGUGAAGACUGUGAAGGAAAAAGUUGAAAGUUGACAACUUGAAAAGGUUGUUUGUGUAGCUAAUCAUUAUUUGGGCCUAUAUUUUGUAGAAAUACAUUUAAACACCUUUUAUUCAUCUGUAGCACAAAGCUGCACCUAAGAAAGUCAAGUCUCCUGGACUAUUUUAUUUUAUUAAAAGAAAAUUGAUUUUCUUUCCAAGCAGCACUUCCCCACUUAAAGUCUACAAUCCCAGUAUGGAGUGUGGGGUACCUGGACAUACAGACCUAUGUACUGUACAGGAAGCUGCACCUUUCCUGUCAGCACGCAACCAUCCUUUUAAAAUCAGUCGUGAGAUGUAUUAUUUUCUAUUAAAUAGUGUGCACAAGCAUAGUUAAACUACUUAUUUAUAUACUUUAUAUCCCCUUCAGGAGACAUAGGGUAUGAUUUGAUCAGUGUGAUGAGGUUGAGGAGGUAGUCAUUAUUUUAACAUGGCCCAAAUGAUUAAAAUCUCUCUCUCUCAGAUAUUCAGUAAAUUGGCAUUUUUAUUCAAGUUGUAAUUCUAUUGAAAGAAGAGCUUGUACACAACAGUCAAGCAGUAUUUAAUUUGAGCAAGAACAAUAAAGAAAAGCAUCAAUGUCAUGGAGAUUUCAAGUCACAGAAAUGUCACCCGAUUCUUUAAUUUGCACAUCAUGUGUGUGUGUAGCACACCUUAAAAGUACCAGAGGAUAUCUUAACUUAAAUGAAUAUAAUAAUUUGAAAUGCUUAUGCAGACCAAAUUCAAGUCAUAAAAAAGUAUAAAGGACAGUAUGACGAUUAAAAACAAAAAAACUAAUUCUGCCUCAAGCCUGAUCAACACAUCUGUGGUUUUGUUUUUGUUUUUUGGGUCCCAACAGUCUUUAAAUGUUUCUGUGUACACGGGUUACCCCUUUACUUUUCAUCAUCCUGUAGUCCUCUUGGAGGUCCAUUGCUCUCGGACUGGUCUCAAGUAAAACAAAAAGUAAUACAUAAGAAAUGCCCAUUUUUUCUAGUUUUACCAGCGUAAGGUUCAGGUACUUCACCUGGUAGAUAUUUGUGUUUCCUUGGAGAUUCCCUGCUGAAGGUGUCUGAUUGUAUUUGCAUGUCAAGGUUUCAGAGAAAUCUGUGUGAAUUAGUCACUUCAUCAGCUGACCCUUGCUACCAAUUGAACAAUAUCUCCCAUGUUUUGAAAUGUCUGUUGUAAGUCAUGAACUUUCUGACACUUAAACACACUUAACACUCUCUUUCAUUUCAUGUCAUGUCAUUUUUACUGUAGCUCCAUCUUUUUAAUCAUAUUCCCUGUCCUCUAAUGUUAUUUUCAUACUCCCCUGAAAUAAAAAGCAUGCCCUGAAAGGCCAGAAUUCUG